GAGGAGGAGACAGUGCGGGGGGAACUGCCGUGGACGUUGAUCACUUUCCCAUCAGUCAAGUGACGGCACAAGUCCGCCAGCACAAAGUUACACCGGUUUCCACCCAAAUUUGCCGGAGAUCUCGCGCCUGACUAUGGCGGCCCUCCUUGUGACUCGCGUGUUCAAGGACCUCUCCGUCGUCGGACGCAAAUUUCCCCGAUCCCAAUCAUCUCGGUUUUUCUCCCUCACUUCAGAGAUGAACGCUCACCUGAAGACCAAGACAGUGAACAAUGUUUGUGUUGUUACAAUUGAUUCACCUGGACAGAAGGUGAACUCGUUAAACAAAGAAAUCAUGGAGGAAGUUGUGGAUGUUCUUCAAAAGAUAAGGACUGACCCCGCUAUUCAGGCCAGUGUCCUGAUCUCCGGCAAGCCAGGCUGUUUUGUGGCUGGAGCUGAUCUCAAAAUGUUGAAAAGCGCUCAAACUAAGGAAGAGGUGACUCAAAUUUCCCUCGAUGCCCAGAAAAUCCUGCAGUCUAUAGAGGAUAUGCCAAAGCCUAUUGUUGCUGCCAUCUCUGGAUCUUGCUUAGGAGGAGGCUUGGAGCUGGCACUUUCAUGUCAAUACCGUAUAGCUCUUAAGGACAACAAAACUGCCCUAGGCCUGCCCGAAGUCAUGUUGGGCUUGCUGCCUGGUGCUGGUGGUACAAUUCGCUUGAUGCGUUUAACCCAAGCCCCUAAUGUUUUGGAUCUGGCUCUCACUGGUAAACAGAUCAGAGCUGACAAGGCUAAGAAGAUGGGCAUUGUGGAUUUGGUAGUAGAUCCACUUGGUGACACUUUCCGAACUGGUGAAUACCUUGAGGAAGUUGCCAUCAAGAUUGCUGCUGAUAUUGCCAAGGGCAGUUUGAAAAUUGAGAGGAAGAGUAGUCUUAUGGAUAAAAUUGUAGCAAACGCUCUUAGAGUACAAUAUCUUCGUGAUUUUGUUCUCAACAAGGCCAAAUCAACAGUUAUGCGCGCAACAGGAGGAAACUAUCCAGCACCUCUAAAGAUUAUUGAGUUAAUUCGCACAAAUAUUGAAAGGGGUGAACACGCUGCCUUCGAAUUCGAACGAAACACAUUUGGGGAGUUAGCAAUGACACCUGAAAGCAAGCAGCUCCUCAAUCUUUUUAAUGCACAAACCGAAUGCAAGAAAAAUCCCUUCAAAGUUCCUGAGCAGCCCAUCAAGACUGUGGCAGUGCUAGGUGCUGGUCUGAUGGGAGCUGGUAUCGCUCAAGUCACUGUUGACAAGGGUUACAACUGCAUCUUGAAGGAUACAAAUGAAGCUGGCCUUGCACGCGGUGUGGAGCAAAUCCGUAGUGGCUUGGAUAAGGCUGUCAAGCGCAAGAAGAUCUCUGCCUACCAGCGUGACCGACUUCUGUCCAACAUGGAUGCCACCUUGUCUUACGAUUCAUUCAAAAAUGCUGACAUAGUAAUUGAAGCAGUUUUUGAGGACAUUAAGAUUAAGCACAAGGUUAUUUCUGAAAUUGAAGCAGUCUGUCCGCCCAACUGUAUUAUUGCAACAAAUACCAGUGCCAUCCCUAUUUCUAAAAUUGCUGCUGGCAGCAAGCGACCUGAUAAGGUUGUUGGAAUGCAUUACUUCUCACCAGUCGAUAAGAUGCAGCUGCUUGAAAUUAUCACGACAAAGGACACUUCAGAAUCAACUGUGGCUCAAGCUGUGGCAGUUGGACUGAAACAGGGCAAAGUUGUCAUUUCUGUUGGCGAUGGACCUGGUUUCUACACCACCCGUAUUCUUUCAUUUAUGAUGGCUGAAGCUAUCCGCUUGGCUCAGGAGGGUGUUGAGCCUGAUGUCUUGAACAAACUGACCAAGGCAUUUGGCUUCCCUGUUGGUGCAGCUACACUGAUGGAUGAGGUUGGAUUGGAUGUUGCCGCUCACAUUUCAGAAGACUUGGGCAAGGCUCUUGGAGAGAGAGCACGUGGUGGAAACCCACUUCUCAUCAAAGAGCUUGUGCAGAAGGGUUGCCUUGGUCGUAAGAGUGGCAAGGGAAUUUUCCUUUACAACGCUGGCAAGUCUAAGCCUGUGAACCCAGAGGCUGUGGCAGUAUUCAGUAAGCAUUCCCUGAAGCCCCAAGGCUCUUUCACUCCUGAAGAUCAGACGAUGCGCAUGGUGUCUCGCUUUGUUAAUGAGGCUGUCCUGUGUUUGGAGGAGCAAAUCCUUCGCAACCCGACUGAGGGAGAUGUUGGUGCUGUAUUUGGACUUGGAUUCCCCCCAUUCCGAGGAGGCCCCUUCCGCUUUGUUGAUUCCUUUGGUGCCGCCAAUCUUGUAAGAAAGAUGGAAGAGUUCAGAAAUGCCUAUGGUCUAGAGUUUGAGCCUUGCCAGCUUCUUAAGGACCAUGCCAACAACCCCAGCAAGAAGUUCUACCCAGAGCUUGUCAACAAACUGUAAGACCUGUUGUCUGACACUGGUUGGCAGUGUUCUGGUUUUCUUCACAUGUUGCUUGCCAGGUUGAGAGAUUAAUUUAUCAUAAUUUUGCUGGUUUAUUAAUGAAUUGGAAUUUUACAAAAGUGAGGCUCUUUGAUACACAUAGGAUAAGUUGAUCUUUGUGACAAUAAGAUAAUGAAAUUGCUUUUGAUCUUUAAAAUAUUUUAUUGAAACAGGAACAAAGACAUUGAUUGUCAUUCAUAUAUUAAUACCUCACAAUUUUUUAUCUUCUCUGCUGGACAGCUUUGUUAUUGGUUUCCUGUUUUAUUUGUAAAUAUUAUUUUAUGCAUUGGGAAUGUGGUUUAAUACCACUAUUUCUACUAGUGAAGACUGCAAAAUCUUGUAUAUUUUUAUAUCUCUUUCAGAGUACUGUAGUUUUGUAUUGCAUUUUGUGGUUAAACUGCCUGUAACAUGUAAGAAUCCAGAAUAAUACGGUCAUCAGACAUCA